GCCAACUAGCUAGGUGGUAGCUACGGCUAGCCUCAAACAUUUAGACGACACAGAGGUAGCUAGCAGGUUAGCCGUGCAGCUAAUCAUGGUGAAUGUAAAGAAGCGGAAAGGUCGAGUCGUGAUCGACUCGGACUCCGAAGACAGUGCUAGCGACGAUAAUUUAGAUCAGGAGCUGUUAUCGUUGGCAAAGAGGAAGAGGGUUGAUUCAGGUGAACAGGAAGAGCCUGUUAGCAAUCCUGCUGCUUCUACAGACUCUGAGACAUCUGACAGUGACGAUGAGUGGACUGUGGGUGGCACCAAAGGCAAAAAGAAAGUUAAGCCAGGGAAAGGUUCUGAGAAGAAGAACGCUACAAAGAAGAAGGUUAAUAAAGCAACGGCAUCUGGCAGCUCUGAUGGAGACAGCUCGGCUGAGAGCUCUGCACCAGAGGAGGGUGAGGUGUCUGAUUCAGAGAGCAACAGUUCAUCCUCCAGCUCAGACUCGGACUCCUCUGAGGACGAGGUGUUCAGGGACGGUUAUGACGAUGACUUGAUGGGAGACGCGGAGGACAGAGCUCGUCUGGAGCAGAUGACAGAGAAGGAGAGAGAGCAGGAGCUGUUCAACCGAAUUGAGAAAAGAGAGGUGCUAAAGAGACGGUUUGAAAUUAAGAAGAAGCUGAAGACGGCAAAGAAGAAAGAGAAAGAGGAGAAGAAGAAGAAGCAGGAGGAAGAACAAGAAAAAAGGAAGCAAUCUCAGGUUCAAGACACACAAGUGGUCAUGUCACACAACAAGGAGAGACGAUCCAAACGUGAUGAAAAACUUGACAAAAAGUCCCAGGCCAUGGAAGAACUCAAAGCUGAACGUGAGAAGAAGAAAAACAAAACAGCUGAACUGCUCGCCAAACGUCAGCCCCUGAAGACGAGCGAGGUUUAUUCUGAUGAUGAGGAGGAAGAGGAGGAAGACGAUGACAAGUCAUCAGUUAAAAGUGAUCGGAGUUCGCGUUCAUCGUCUUAUGAUGAUGAUGAAAAAGAGGAGACUCCACCAAAGUCGCAGCCAGUUUCACUACCAGAUGAGCUGAACAGGAUCCGCCUGUCCAGAAACAAGCUGGAGCGCUGGUGCCACAUGCCCUUCUUUGCUAAGACUGUGACUGGCUGCUUUGUGAGGAUAGGGAUCGGGAACAGCAGCAGUAAACCAGUUUAUAGGGUUGCUGAAAUUGUGGAUGUGGUAGAGACGGCGAAGGUUUACCAACUUGGAUCAACGCGAACAAACAAGGGACUGCAGUUAAGGCAUGGCGGGGACACACGGGUUUUCAGGCUUGAGUUUGUAUCAAAUCAGGAGUUUACAGAAAGCGAGUUUAUGAAGUGGAAAGAGGCGAUGAUGGUUGCUGGGAUGCAAGUCCCAACUCUUGACGAAAUCACCAAAAAGGAGCAGUCCAUCAAAGAAGCUCUGAACUACAAGUUCAAUGACAAAGACAUAGAGGAUAUUGUUAAAGAGAAGGACAGAUUCCGAAAAGCACCACCGAAUUAUGCCAUGAAGAAAACACAGCUACUCAAAGAUAAGGCCAUGGCAGAAGAGAGUGGAGACGGUGAGAAAGUGAAAGUGAUCCAGGAUGAGCUAAAUGAACUCGAGGAAAGGGCAGAAGCACUCGACAGACAGAGGACCAAGAACAUCUCUGCCAUCAGCUACAUUAAUCAGAGGAACAGAAGCUGGAAUAUCGUUGAAUCUGAGAAAGCUCUUGUGGCUGAAGGACAAAAUGCCAAAAACCAACAAAUGGACCCUUUCACACGAAGACAGUGCAAACCCACCAUGGUGUCAAAUGCCAGAGACCCGUCAGUCCAUGCAGCUAUUCUUGCUCAUCUCAACCAGAAGUACGGCUCUGGGUCGACACCAGAUCCUUCCAGUGCUGAAAAGAACAAACUGGGACAAACAAACUCAAAAGACAAAGAUGUCCCCAAACCAACCACUGACCUCUCAGAGGACUUGUUUAAAGUUCAUGAUUUUGACGUCAAGAUAGACCUACAGGUUCCCAAUGCAGAAGCAAAGUCUCUGUCCGUGAGCUCCAAUGCGCUGCCAGUGAAGGACGGCGCUCCACGCAGGUCCCUCAACCUGGAGGACUACAAGAAGAGGAGGGGGCUGAUCUAAUGUGGCCAGUCCAUCAUUCAGAAAACCACAUUGCAUGCAUGUGUAAUUGGCUGUAUGUCAGAGUAUGUCUGUGUGUGUGGCUGAGAGAGAGCGAGCGAGUGUGUGUGAGUGAGUGUGAGUGAGUGAGUGAAUGACUCCUAGAGGAUGUGUGUUGAUACAACAACUGUCUAUCCAAACACAGAGGAAAUACUGAUUGAGCGAAGACAACAUUUUUCUCAAAGGAUCUCUCUCAGAAGAUUUUUGUUGUUUUGUUAUUUUCACAUUAUCACACACAAACUCGUAUAUUGAGUUGUGUUUUUUUAUGUAUUUAACUCCUCUUCCCCUAUUUUGGAUCUUCUGGAGUCUACUCCUUUUUUGUUUUUGUUUUUUUGUUUUUUUUUUUUCUCUCAAAAGGACACGGCGCUUGUGGAUUAUUACUUUGAACAAGGAGGACACUAUUUUAGAAGACUUAGAUUGUUGAGGCAUUUUGAAAUUACCGGACUGGACAUCUAAUGGAGUUGACCAGCAAUGAAUUGAACUGUUGUAAAUGUCCCCACCCCUCCCUGAACUCCCCAAAUGUGUGAUCAUCUACCCUUGCAGUCCAUCCUAAAUUUGAACAGCCACUUGUAUUUUUGCAGAGUGUAGAUGAUCAUCUCUGACUCGACAGUAAUGCUGGCUCUCCAUGACCAGUGUGAAAAGUUCAGUACAUGUCAGCUGGAUAUUUAUCACUUUUUAAGUCUUUGAAACAACCCAAUUUAAGAGGAACCCUUUUCUAUGGCUGGCCUGGUUAUAAAAGUGUUGCUUCAUUUCUGUUCUUUCUUGGUUGGUUGUUCAUGGGAUAUAAUUCCCUUGCCCUUAACUCCCAGAGCAGAUUCUAUGUGUUAUCAAUUGUGUCCAUAGUCAGUUCCUGUAUUGAUGUGGCAUGCCAUGUAAAUAUGCAUUUUGGAGUGAGUGCGGAAAAAAUAAAGAGGCACUGUUUCAUAA